AUGGCCGCUCUCCGAUGGUCUUCGGGACAAUCUAAAGGAUGUGUUUGGGAUGUCUACACACGACAGGGCAUCAAAGUUAGUGCUGGCGGUUUCGGCUUCGUGACAAAAGCAACUGCGAAGGAUGGCACUCCAGUUGCUGUGAAGUCAGUGCCAAAGCUGCCUGACAACACGAAGUCCAAGCGGCGCCGCAAUGCCCAGCGAUUGAAGCAGGAGGUAGCUGUGAUGCAACGUGUUCAGCACGAACAGCACGUAGUGAAUUUGCGUGAGACCUUCGAGGAUGAGAACUUUGUGUAUAUGGUGAUGGAGCUUUGCCAAGGCGGAGAGUUGGCUGCCUUCAUCCUGGAGCAAGGAAACCACACUGAAUCCCAGGUUGCACUGAUCAUGCGCCAGGUCUUGAAUGCGGUGAACUUCCUGCACAGUUGCAGCGUUUGCCAUCGGGAUCUCAAGCCAGAGAAUCUCCUGUUGUUGAAUCGCAACCCUAUCAAAGAGAACGUGCUAAAGGUCGCAGACUUUGGCUUGGCAGCCGAGUGUAAGACAGACCUCCAGGGUGUUGUGGGUACAUUGCCCUAUAUGGCGCCACAGGUGUUUGCGGGUCGCUACGACUUGGCGGUAGAUAUGUGGAGCUGUGGUGUUCUGAUGUAUCUUUUGCUCUGUGGCUAUCCUCCAUUCUGGUUUGAGUUUGACGAUAAGAAAACGGAGAUGAUGAUCCGUCGUGGAAACUUUGCAUUCCCUCAGCAGGACUGGGAUAUGAUCUCUGAUGGUGCAAAGACACUUAUCCGAGAGCUUCUCAGAAUGCAGCCAUCCGAACGAAUUUCUGCAAGAGAUGCUUGCCAGAAUGCUUGGAUUUUGGCCCCAGGAGGUAGCUCUGUGUCCCUUUCUCCAGCUUUGGCGCGGCUGCGACAAUUCUCGAAAGUGAUGUAUGCUACGCAGGUGCAGUCUUUCGAGGAGAACUCCGCUCCGACCUCAAGCUUUCUUGAAAAAGCUUUAGGGUCAGUGGGUCUUGGAUUUAUGGUUUCGUGCUGUAACCAACCUGCGGGCAAUACAGAAGAGGUUCACUUGCUUCCAGUAGAUGCGCAACCCCCCAGCAACUUUGCAGUUGGAACGAGAAUUCUGUACAAAUCCCGCACUCAUCACUGCUGGUUGCCAACUCUUAUUAUUGAUGUGAAUGACGCUGGCGAUGUGGAGCUGGAGAUCAAGCCGCGUGUUUGGAUCAGCCCUUCUGAGCAGACAACGCUCUUGCGGACAAUCAGAUAAUUAUUGAGAUGUAUUGAGGCAAUUUCAGGCACACUCUGCCAGCAAUCUGAACGGGCAUGUCAGCAGAUGCUCGGCAACUGGCCUAGAAUGCACGCAACCUUUCCAGUGGCUAGUCACUAGUUGUGACAAUCCACCGGACAGAUGGAGUGAAACCAUGUUUCCCAACAUGAUCAAACAUUGAUCAAACAUUUGCCUUAGAUUCUGCCCAAGGCAGCAGACAAUAGACCCAAGACACCCAGAUUCUGCGUGUGGUGGGUUGGCUAAGCCGUUUGCACACUGCCGCUCGC